UUGAGAGAGACAAAUUGCUAUAAACAUACUGUGCUUGGGAAUUUUAUAAAUUUUGAUAUAACAACAAAUUUUGGAAUUGAACAUUUUAUUUUUCUCAAAUAAAUUUUGAACAUUUGUUUUUUUUCUUUCAUUGGGAUCAAAAUACCGUGAUAAUAAGUUAGACACCUUCAAAUUUGGGUGAGUUUCAUUUUAAAAUGAAUCCAGCAGUACAAGCAACACCCCCAGAAGAUAAACGUGGAGAUGAUAGAUGGAUGUGCAUGCAUAAACAUUUCCUGGUUGCAGGAAGGGAACAGGAACCUGAUGUUCUUUUCAUAGGUGAUUUUGUUGUUAGUAUGGCAGCUCAUACAGAGAUGUGGGAAAAACUUUUUGUGCCACUUCAUUGUUUAAAUCUGGGAAUUUCUGAAGAUGAAACGCACAAUGUUCUUUGGAGAAUUGAAAAUGGAGAAUUAGAUGCCACUGAUCCUAAAGUGAUAGUAUUGUCAGUUGGCUCUAAUAAUAUUUCUCAUACUGCUGAACAAAUUGUAGCUGGAAUACAAAGUUGUGCUCAAGCAAUAUUGGAUAAAAAACCAAAUGCUACUCUUAUUGUUUUGAAACUCUUGCCAUGCGGUCAAAAUCCUAAUCCGGUUCGAAUUAAAAUGGAAGAAGUCAACAAAAAAUUAAAACAUGCAUGUCAAGGACUUUCUAAUACCCAGCUUAUUGAUAUUGAUCCUGGUUUUGUUUUACCGGAUGGAACUAUAUCCCACCAUGACAUGUAUGAUUAUUUACACCUUACACGUUCUGCGUACAGUAAGUCGUUUGAGAUUUUGUAUGAUUUAUUACAACAGAUCUUGACAGAUAAUCCUGAAGAUCUUCCAGAGACUGAAUGAAAAUUUUCAUUUAGCCUCUAGCAAAAUCUUUGUACUUCAUUUGCUUAUGUGAUAUCGUUCCUACAUCAUUUUCUAAUUGUUUUAGCAUGAACUUAUGUUAAUAUGUUUAAAGAGUUUCAAUUUAGGUAUGUACUUGGGAUCCGUUUGUUAGUGCUAAUGCUGCACUUGAUCUCAUUUUGUGAUUCUCAUUGAAUCUGGUGUUGUGAAUUUAUUUUUUAAAUAAGGAGAGUUGUACUGUCAAUCAAGCACAUUUGGAAAUCAUAUCAUUUUGAUUUUCUGCUUGUGCUAUAAGCUUGUGCAUUGGUAAUGCUAUUUUACAAAGCUACUAUAAAUUAUAAGCUAAAUAUGUAAAGUUUAAUUUCUUUUGAACUCUUUUUGUGCAUUCCCAUUAUGUUUUUGUCUCCAAUAUAAUAAUUUUAGUUUGUUGAUUCAUGUAUAUAUAUUUUUUUUUCUUUUAAUUAUGUUUAUGUCUGUUUUAUUCUUGGUAAUUGUAAAAAUGAGAAUCUCUGUUGGCUGUAACCAAAUUAUAUCUUAUUAAGAAUAUUGAAAAUUGUGCAUGUUAUAAAAGCUCAAAAUUUAGUGUUGUUAUUUUUUUAUUUAUUUAUUUUUUUUUUAUUAAUUGUUUGUGAAAGAUGUAUUGUUCAACUUGUGUACAUGAUAAAAAUGGACUGUGAGGACUUUUACAGAAAUGAAUAAUAAUUUUAUUUAGCUUGUUAUUUAAACACAUGUUCUGGUUUUUGUAAUACCAAAGAUUUAAUGUAUUAACUAAAAUUCAGAUUAAAAUUUUAUCAUGUCAAGGCUAUCAAUAUGAAAGCAUACAUAUUUUAUUUUUAUGUACAACUCAUACUGUAUCAUGUUUCUAUUAAUCGUGUAUUAACUAAUAAUUUAGUUUUUGAAAAACAGUUGGAAGAUUAUAAUUUUUAAUUCAAUUGACGCUCACUGUUAUUUUUCUCAAUUGUUCUGUAUUCAAUCUACUGUUAUAUAUAUAUUUUUUAAAUAUAUAGUUUAUGAAAUUAAACAAAAUUAUAAGAAUUAUGUAAUUACGACUUUCAUUUACUCGUAUUUUCCUGAUAUUUCAACUUAUAUGAAUGCUUUAAAUUACAAAACAUAGUUAUUUUUCACACUUUUGUGCAAAUCAUUCUAGACUUUGAAAUUUAUGUAAAAAAUAUAGUUUGUCCAGUGCAGAGAAAUAUAUUUUUGCAACUGUAAUUGUAUUCCUAAAAUUGUGCUGUAAUGAAAUGCUUUAAUUUUGUAUCAUUGUCCUUAAUAUUAGAUAAAUCACUAGCUGUAUCAAUUAUUUUCACCGCUUAGAAAAUUUGUUAUAAAAAUCUUACAAUUGUUCAAAUUUGAAGUUUUAAAACCUGUUGUACAUUUUCUUCAAUUGAUUUUGAACAUUAUUUUGUGCUUUUCCAUAUUUAAAGUAUGAAAACUCUUUUAUGCUGCUAAGUUCAUGUUAGUUAAUCUGUUACAAAAUAUUUUUACAAAUUGAUGUUACAAUGUAUUAUAAGCUUUGAUUAUUUUAUU